AUGUCCCCAAUCUAUGUCUCACAUGUGUCCCCUGCCCAUGUCCCCCACGUGUACCCAACCUGUGGCCCUUACCGUACCCCCCGCGUGUCCCCUCCCCAUGGCCCCCAUGUGUCCCGCCCAUGUCCCCUGCGUGCCCCCGCUCAUGCCCUCUGCAUGUCUCCUGCCCAUGCCAUCUGCGUGUCCCCCAGUGUAUCCCCCCAAGUGUCCCCUGCCCACGUUCCCCACGUGUCCCCUACCCAUGGCCUCUUCAUGUCCACCACCGUAUCCCUCAUGUCCCCCACCCAUGUCCCCUGUGUGUCCCCUGCCUAUGUUCCCCGUGUGUUCCCUGUCCAUUUCCCUCCUGCGUCAGGCAGGCCUGUUCGCCUGACCGUGACAGGUGUCAGCACUGCCCACAGAUACCACUGGAAAGGGUCCCGAGCUCUGUCAGCCACCCAGGAGGGGGACAGGUCCUUUCUGAGAUGCACCCUCAACUGGCAGCUAGAAGGGACACUGAAGGCACACGAUAGAGCCCUAAUGAACACAGGGGUGAGGCCAGAUGCCUGCAGGUCUACUGUCUCCAUGAAAGGGCAACGCCACAGUGCCAGGACCUGGUACUUUUCUCACUUCUACAUCACCUCCGUGCUAUGGAAUGGCAUCCUGCUCUGGUGCCUUGCUCAAUCUCUGUUCCUGGGAGUGCCUUUUCCAGGCUGGCUGCAUGGUUUGCUGAGAAUUCUUGGGGCUGCCCAAUUCCCAGCCAAGGACCAGGAUGCAGGAGAGCUGUAUGUCCCCAGUGGGAAACUUCCCCUGGAAACUUUGAUUCUCCGUUUCUGUUCCUGCCCAUUACCCUCUGCCUCUGUGGAUGCCUAUGGUCCUGGAGACCUCACAGGUGAUGGGGCGCUGUCGGCCUUCCUGGUGCUGGCGUUCCUGUGGCUGCACAGCUGGCGGCGGCUGCUCGAGUGCGUCUGCAUCAGUGUCUUCUCUGACGCCAUGAUUCAUGUGGUGCAGUACUGCUUUGGACUUGUCUACUAUGUCCUCGUCGGCCUGACGGUGCUGAGCCAGGUGCCCAUGGACGGCAGGAAUGUUCACGUGCUAGGGGGAAGCCUCUUGAUGCAGGUACGGUGGUUCCAUGUCCUGGGAACGAUGCUCUUCAUCUGGGCAUCAGCCCACCAGUACAAAUGCCACGUCAUCCUUGGCAACCUCAGGAGGAACAAAGCAGGAGUGGUCAUUCACUGUAACCACAGAAUCCCUUUUGGAGACUGGUUUGAGUAUGUUUCUUCUCCUAACUACUUAGCAGAGCUGAUGAUCUAUAUCUCCAUGGCUGUCACCUUUGGGUUCUACAACUUCCUGUGGUGGCUGGUGGUGGCAUAUGUCUUCUUCAGCCAGACCCUGGCUGCUGUCCUCAGCCACAGAUUCUACGAGAGCAAAUUUGUCUCCUACCCGAAGCACAGGAAAGCUUUCCUACCAUUUUUGUUUUAGGAUAACCUCGUUUAUGAAGAAUGUGAAUUUGGAGGUCACGGGUUCCAUCCCUAAGGACACCAAGGUCCAGGGACCAAAGCACAGUCUGCAGAACUGUUUGAAACUCUCUGUUCCACUUUUGUAACCCAGAAGUUCUCACUGAAUGAACCGGGUACUACCCCUCCAGAAAAUGAAUCUUCAAAGUGUCUUCAAAGAAGAAAUACUUCUGGCAGAUCUGGGAUUGCCAUGUCUGCCUUCUGAGAUGCUUUACAAAGCCAGCCAACUGAUACAAAGUAGGACGAGACUUCUCCACGCUCCUCUGCAAGGAAGCUAGCUAAGCUAAUGGAGAGCGGCCAAACAAGGGAAAAGACAAGGUCAGCUGUGACUGCCAUAGCCACGCAGGGAAAGACAAACUGGACUAUAGAAAAAUACAGUAGGUGCUCAAUCACUGCUUGUUGCAUUUUAAUAAAAGCAGAAUAACCUUUGGAAA